AUGGGAUUUGCACAAGUUGUUUGCCUGAGUAUAGUCAAUGCUGUUCUCAGUAUAUUUGGCACUUGUAUGACCAUUUCGUUGAUCGUGACGAUUUACCAAAACCCAGAGCUUCAAAAGGGCUUAAAUUUGCUCAUCGUCUCUCUGACAGUUGCAGAUCUUGCCAACUGCCUGAUUGCACAACCAGUGUACAUAUACUACCUUAGCAACGAGACCAGCACCAGCUACUUGACAGCCUUUCAGAUUAUCGCGUUCAUUGGCCUCCACGCAGUUUUCCUCAACCUUACGACAAUAACUUAUCACAGGAUGAAGGCUUUGGCAAGGCCUUUCCAUCAUCUUCUUUCGGUGUCGCAGAACAGUCUUCUCGUGUACAUAGGGUUGACGUGGGUUUUUUCCAUAAUAGCUGGGGUUACCCUCGCAACGGAACCAGGAAAAGUUGCUGGUCCUUACGUCCACGGUUUGAUGAUACUUCUUCUGAUUUUUACUUACAUUAGAAUCCUGUGGGUGUCCUGGAAACGACGUCGAGGAAAAAUUUUGGCACAGGCGAGAACAGCCAAUUACCAUCAACAAGUCGCCACCAUGGAACAAGAAAAUGCAACGGCAUUGACCUCUGCUAUCUUAGUUGGCUCUACCUUAGUAUGCUUUUUGCCCGAUGUGGUACUCGAUUUGAUGGGAAAAGGAGAAGAAAACCGACUGAAGUGGGCUUACACACUCCUAUUUGCUAGUUCCGCAAUGAAUCCUUGCGUAAUCGUAUGGCGCAAUCAGCAGUUUAGAAGAACUUUGCUUCGAAUGGUACACCUUGCGAAGUGAAUUUUCAAUAACUGCUUACUCUGAGCAUCAUUGAAAAUAAGAACAUGACAGUAUUCAGUAAUCUUCUACCAAUUGGUGAAAGAGAUGAAUUAGUGAAAAUAGUUCGAUGGUGGCAGUUUUAAGAAAGGAAAUUUUUAACUACAGGUACGUAUCCAAAGAUAAAUUUAGGUUUUCAUUUUUGUUUUUGGAAAGUUAGUUAAAGCACAAACGUUAGGGCAGGUGCCUCCCGAUCAUGGAAAAUUUUUAUUGUGAGACCAUCACUUGGAAUACCUGAUAAUGCUUAAGUCUAUAAAAUCAUUUCUGUCGAUAAGCGAUCUGGGACGUAAUACUUUAAUCCUAAGAGGAAUAUUUUAAAAUGCAGCAAGUAACUAAUUCAGACGGCUAAACUGCACGAUAAUCGCACCAAAAUUUUGAAGGAAAAAAUUUCUUUAUUAUAUUUGCGUACAACUUUCGCUGAGAUGAUUUGGUAAACAAGAACCAGGACUACAAUCCAAAAAGGUUACGGCUUGUAUUCAUCAAGGAACACUUUGUAAAUCGAACUUAGCUGAAAAUAAAUUCUAAUAUAGCUAGAUCAGGUUCAACAAAAAUGUUUGUGUUAUAAUCUGGCUUCGAAAAGAUUGCGAGAUAUUUCGAGAUCGACCAGCUGUCUGCCAAAAUGCAAAAAUGGUUUAGCUUCUAAGCUAUUUAUAUGCUAUUUGGAAAAUUUGAAACAAAAAAGAAUUGCUACGGAGAAUUAAUAUUGCACCGAAACCUUAUACCAU